AUGUCUUCAACACCAACCUCAGUCUCUAGCAGUGCUGCCACCACUGCUGCUAGUAGCGGCGGAGAAGGUUCGGGCUCAAGUAACGCUACGAGCUCACCUUUACUGUUCUUCGUCGCUCUUGGGUUUGGUGUUGUGUUCACAAAUCUAUGGAUCAUAGUUGGAGUCAAAUAUUGCUUUCGAUAUAACCAACGAAAUCGACAGCUUCGCAGCGAGGAAGUAGGGGAACCCAUAGAUCUGGCCACUAUGCCACGGCCUCAUCGCAGGAGAAGGGAGAAGAAGCUAAUGACGAUGGAUGAAGUCAACGGGCGGUUUCCACUUGUCAAGUACAAAGUGUGGAGAUCAUCUCGCGCCAACCAGGGCCUUUCAACAGAAGGAGGUAUCACAGCUCCGAAUAGCAGACCACAGAGCCUAAAAGAUGAAAGUGAUAUCAUGACAACAUCGAUUGGGGCUCACACGGAUACAAUAUCACCAUCCACCAAGGGCCAUGAACGGGUGGAUUCCAAUGAUACAUCAAAAAUCCUCACUCAAGAGCUACAUGGUGGUCCUCAAGAAUCUGAGAUGCCUUCUACUCAGCAAUGCACCAGUGAAGGUAUCCAGAGAGAGAAAUGGCAACAUUCUUUGACCAAUGAAAACAUGAACAUUGAUCUUGAGGACCAUGAUGAUGCCUACAUUCGUAACGCUGUUCCUGCUGAUCUUCUGCCAAACCCUGGCGAUUCUUGCGCGAUUUGCCUAGAUAUCAUUGAGGAUGAUGAUGAUAUCCGGGGACUUGCAUGUGGACAUGCUUUCCAUGCCUCAUGUGUCGACCCCUGGCUGACUAGCAGAAGAGCAUGUUGUCCUCUGUGCAAGGCCGAUUACUAUGUUCCCAAACCCCGUCCACAGGCAGAAGCACAAUCUGCCACAGAUCGCCAGGGUCGUACAGCCUCGACUCGCCCAGAUGAAAUUCUCAGACCUCCUCGAGUUGCUUGGAAUAGUGCUAGGGGAAAUGGAUGGGUUCAAAUGGGCUUUCCUAGCCGAGUAUUUCCAUCAACAUCCCCAGGGGAAAGAGAUAUAUCUCCAGUCCAAGAGCAACAUGUGCGGGGUGAGCAUGAUCAGCAUUGGGACUCUGCCCAUAUCUCGGAUUCUUCGGGUCGAUCUAUCUGGUCUCGAUUGAUUCCUACUCGGUUCCGCCGGUCUUCCCUCCAUUCUUCUUCAAGAAGACUGCGCACACCACCUGAAGUUGGGACUUCACCUGUGGAUCCUCUGCCUUCGGACGGACGCACACCUCGUCAAGUCGAAGCUGGUACCUCAUGA